AUGACACUGGGUGCUUGUGCUUCUUUAGAUGCUUAUUGUCAAGAACUUCAAAGUCUGGCCGCCCAACUCGCCAAUGUCGAUGAACCCGUCUCUGACUCUCGGUUGGCGUUACAGCUGGUUCGUGGUCUUCCUCCCAAGUACAACACUACUGCUUCUUUCAUUAACAACAAAGAUGCUGAUUGGGACCUCGCCAUCUCUCUCCUAAAAGAUGAUGCCAUUCGUAUUGAAGCACAAAAAGGGGCUGCAUCUUCAGUAUUGGUAGCGCCGACCACCACUACACCUUCUGCUCCACAGCCGGCCUCUGACCAACCACCCGAACACAACAGCAGCAACCAGACCCGGGGACGCGGGCGCGGCCGUGGCAGAAACGGCUCCAGGGGCGGCGGCCGCUACAGUAACAGGGGCGGCGGCCGCUACAGUAACAGGGGCGGCUCAUCAGGCUACGGCUGA